UUUUGACUUUCGCAAUUAAUUGUUUUGAGAGUUUGGCUUUGGACUUUUUGGAACUUUAUACAUCGUUGUGAUUUUUUGUUUUUUCCGCUCGUACACACUCAGCUCACAAGUGCUUUGACUUUGAAACCUGUUCUAGUCUCUUUCUUCUCUCAAUAUUGUUGUGCACUUUAUGUUUGAGGACCACAAUCAGCUCUAAGAUCAAUAUUACCAUCUGAAAAGCAAAAUGCAGCUUCUUUCUUUGAAUUUACCGUAUCUCCUUCUUUUUAAACUUUCUAAACUCCAUCAGCCGAGCCACCGCAGCCUCCCCGGUGCACUCGGCGUUUUUUCUUCCUUCAGGUAGUCCUGCCGCGGGUGCGUAUUUGGGUUGGCCUGCGUCUCUGCCGACUGCACAGCAUGG